UCGUUUAAUUCAAACCACAACCUGCCACAACCUGUCAUAUACUGUCAUAUUAUACUCUUCCAUUUAAACGCAUUUUUCGAAAAAAAAAAGAGCUUAUGAUAAGAUAUGUAUUCAAAUGAAAAUAUGAAUAAUCUUAAAAACAUCUAAUUUAAUAUAUAAAAAACAAUUAAACAUCGCGCACAAUGUCAAUUACCGAGAAGACGACGAAUUCCAGAUCAUUAUUACAAUUUCGUUGCAUCGGCUUUUAUCUGACGAUCAUUUCUACCAUAGACAUACGGUUACAGCAGCAAUACUUCAGGAAUUAGUAAAUUUAAAUAAUAUCGUGAUAUCAAUCUGACGGCUAUCGAAUUAUGAAUACGGAGUACGAUGAGGAUUUGGCGGAGAAUCGAUUUUUGCACGAGCUCAGGAAUGAAUAUAAAACUACAUUCCAACGGAUUGUCCAGGAAGGUUGGAUCAUCUGCGUUCCACGAACCGGGAGCUUCUCGAAUCGCGAAUUGCGGGAAGAUGAAGUUAACGCUCAUAUCCUGAUUCCCAAGCAGGACUUCUCCGCCGCUCGAUUCGACAGUCUGAAUGGUAGGGAAGUCCUGCUCGUGGACAGAGUCUUGACUGUCAAGUAUGAUGAUAGUGAACAAAAUUCCACACGUUUGCUUUUUGAAGAAAUCUUUUACAGCAAGGAUUUGCAUAAAUAUUGUAUAUGGUGUAUAGAACAACCCUUGGAUGCUAAUAUGUGUGUCUCAGACAAUUGUGUGAAUGUAAUCACAAGUUUCCAGGAAGCUGUACAUUUUCUCCAAGUGGAACUACUUGAUAAACAGCUCCACGAUAACUUUGAAACCAAAAUUAAAGAUUUCUUAUAUGUCAACAAAAAUUUAGAGCGCAAAUCAAUGCAAGUGCAAAGAGAUCUAGUACACGAAUUGUAUACAGAUUGUCUCAAAAUGUUAUUGGAAAACACAUCAUUAAAAGAGAAAGUCUCAGGUAGUAAGCAAUAUUAUUGGAACAUUAGAGUGUCGCUAGAAACAUAUAUUUUAUAUGCUUUAAGAGAAGUACUGCUAAGAUCAUUAUCUACUUGUACCGCUGUAGAAGAUGCAUACUUGAACAAGAUCAUCAGAAAUCUAGAUGGGAUCCUAUUGAGUGAUCUUCGAAUACGAUCAGACUUGGAACCUCGCGUCCGUGGAGGAAAGAUGGAAUUGUCGCGAUUAGAUUGCUAUGUAACCGUGUUGGGUAAAAUCGAGUGUCUCAGAAGAACUGUGAAUUACGUUUCGCGUGGAACGUCCAGCGUCUCAUCCGAUGAUCUUCUACCGAUACUUGUGUUUCUUGUCAUUAAUGUCGGUCUAUCGAACUGGAUGGCGCAAUUAUUCUUCAUGAGGCAAUUUCGUCUUUCCACAAACUCUGCUUACGAAGCGGACGAAACUUGUUUUCUGAUAACAUCGCUAGAGGCUGCGAUCGAGCACAUCAAGUCCGGAGUAAUUUGCGAAGGCGAGAAGUACGCAAUUAAUUCGAAUAAAAACAGUCAAUUGACAGAUAAAUCGGAUUGCUCGUCUGUCAAUUAUUUAUUUGCAUGUGUCAAGAACGGCAAUUUAUCCGAAGUGGAAAGAAUACUGACAUAUGAGAGAUCCAACCAGGACGAUGAAAUCUCGCUUUGCCAUCCUUUAUGCACUUGUGCGUCCUGCGAACGAAAUUGGACGAACCACCGAGAGCUAAAUGCGUGUCCUAGAGAUGACAGAGGUCUAACUUCGUUACACAUCGCGGUACUGUACGAUCAAAUAAUGAUUGUCGACUUUCUUCUUGACCGUGGUACAGAUGUAAAUAUUGCUGAUUCGGAUGGUCUAACGCCUCUUCAUUACGCUUGCAUCAAGGGCCACCAGAACAUUUUGCUGCUAAUGUUACACGCCAAUGCGGAUCCCACAGUGACGGACUCGCAAGGAAAUACACCGCUGCAUCUGGCUGUGGACCGCGGUCAUGAUAGCUGCGUGAAAGCGUUACUAUAUUUGUCAGAACAUAUGAAGGUGUCGAUUAACGCAAAUGCCAUCAACGACAACGGCGAUACACCGUUACAUCUUGCGGCCAGAUGGGCCUACCUUGCGAUUGUUGGUAUCCUCUUGGAGUACGGCGCAAACAGUAGAUUAACUAAUAGAAAGGGUCAAACACCGCUGACCAUUACGUACAGCGAGAGCAUCGCCGAGUUACUCAAGCGCUAUGCGAAUGACCUCCGCAACAAUAUUGCUUUGUCCCAGAAGAAACACGCAACCCUCACGCAAUCUCGGCAAUCAAUACCGUUUCAGGGACGUUGUUGGGCUACAUUCGACAACUUGCAAAGCUUGCCAACGUCGCAUCCCAAGAACUCUGCUAACGCACAGCAUCGUAUGAUGGACAAAUUACUUGCCGCCAUAAUUGACGGUGAUGUAUGCUUAGCAUGUUAUUACCUGGGAUUAGAGGUUUAUAGGAGCGAGCGGCUGCCGGGCUCUCGCGCGAGUCUAUGCCAUCAUCCGUUGUGCGAUUGCGAGUGUUGUUCGGCGCUCGGCGAGCGCAAAUUCCAGCGCGAGCGGAGGCAACGGGUUCUCGCGAUCAACGCUUGCAACAGUUUGGGCGAGACGGCAUUACAUGUGGCGAGUGCGACCGGUCGCGUUGAAAUGGUGCAGCUACUUCUGGAUGCCGGCGCGAACGUGAACGCGAUAACUAAAUCGGAGGGCCGCACUCCGUUACACCUAGCGUGUCUCAACGAUCGUGUUGACGCGGCAAAGCUAUUGCUCUACUGUGGAACCUGCGAUCUGGAUGCUAAGGAUCACAACGGCGAUACAUCGUUGCAUUUGGCGACCAUAGCCGGUAAUGUGAAACUCGUAGGUCUGUUAGUAAGAUACGGUGCAAAUACCAAUGUUCGCAAUGCCCAAAACAAGUCGCCGCUACGGCAGGCGGAGGAGCUGCAGCUAUCCGUUGUCUUCUCCACAAAUCAUGCCAGUAUACUAAAGAUUCUGAAACAAAAUACUCAGCCAGUUGGCGAUUAGUAUAAACCAUGCUGUUUUCUUAUACGUCUGUUUUAUUUAAAUAAUAAUUUAUUAUAAAUAAUUUAACUAACAUAUAUAUAGCACAAGCUGUCAUGUAUAUAAUGUUAUCCAAUACUGAGCAAUAUAUUAAUAUAAUAUAUAAUAUACAUAAAACUGACUGUGUGUACAAAAUGUAAUGUAACAGCGAAAGCGAUUGCGUCCGAUCCUCGAUAUGUAUAAUAAAAUGUCUGUAUAUUAUUAUUGUAUAAUAAUGAAAAUGACUGUGUGUGUGUGCGUGCGUGUGUGUGUGUGUGUGUGUAUGUGUGCAAAAUGUAAUUAACAGCGAAAGUGAUCAAUUCAUUUUUACCCACGAAUUAUUUUUAGUAUUUGUGAAUAAUUCUUUUUUAAUUUAGUGUUUAAUGCAUAUUACGUGUAUAAUGAAGAUAUCUUUAUUAUAUGUAUAUUUCAUUAGAUACACAGAAUGUCUUUAUUUUAUAUAUAUUUCUAUUGAUAUUCAAUAAGAGUUAAUGUACUUUUUAAGACUUUCUAGCGCUAUUUUCUAAAUAAUUUUAUUUUAUUAUUUGAUAAAACGUCGAUGAUAAAAUGCAAAAUGAAAAAAAAGUUAUGUAUAUAACGCUGUAUAUAUUUAUAAGAGAAUUGUGAUACUCUGUAAUAUAUUUUUUUGUAAUUUUUAAAAAUCUAA